GUUUGCUGCAGGUUAGGAGGAAAGUGUCCUCAUUCUUGUUUACAAAUGUGAUAGUGACAACGUGGGCAUGACGUGACGUGUGGGAAAUGUCAAGUGCCGUAAAUAAAAAUAAAGUGGUCGAGUCGCCAAUUAAUUGAUCUACCGAUAACAUGGAUCUGCCGGUGAACGAGGAAAAUCUGCAACAAACAUUGGACAAGCUGUCCGAAAAUGAGGUCGCCAUAAAGAAAAAUCUGGACACGAUUCUCGCCCGACGGUGUCACGUGGAGGCGAAACUGCAGAGUAUCGGCAAGGUACUGCCGAAUGUUGUACUGAUACGAACGGAGGGGGAGAAGUUUUGCGACAUGAUCGCUCGUACCAAUGAGUUAGCCGAGAAUGUCAGCGCUAAAGUGAGGCAAUUGGAUUUGGCGAGAAGCAGAGUGUGCGAGUGCCAAAGUAGAAUAAAUGAUAUACUGGAUUUGCAAUUGUGCAGCGAAGGGGUAGCGACCGCGCUGCGCAAUGAGGAUUACGAGCAGGGUGCCGCGCACGUUCAUCGCUACUUGGCGAUGGACCAGCAACUGCUGGAGAGAACGGCCGAGGACGUGUCGGGAGAUCACACCAGUAUUAGCAGUUCCCUGGUUACCUUGCAGCAGGCCGCGAUGGAAUUGAGGGCCGUUGUCACGCAUAAGUUCGACGAAGCUGUGAAAUCGGAGGAUCUGGCAUCGGUCGAGAGAUUCUUCAAGAUAUUUCCAUUGUUGGGGAUGCACUUGGAGGGAUUAAAGAAGUUUUGCAGUUACUUGUGUACCAAGCUACACGAGACCGCACAGAAGAAUCUGCAAGCGGCGCUUGAGAUCAAAAGUAACGACAAGAGGGCAGCUGUUAUUUUUGCUGACACCAUGACUCUCUUAUUCGAAGGGAUUGCACGUAUUGUGGAAGUGCAUCAACCGAUCAUCGAGACUUAUUACGGUCCUGGUCGGCUGCUAAUGACAAUUUCGAUUUUGCAAAAGGAGUGCGACAGGCAGGUCAAGAAGAUCGUUACAGUAUUUACGAAACACAGAUGCAUAUCCAAGAACGUGCAAAUGAUUAAUGAGUAUCUGCGAAAACCGAGUUCCGAAAGGAUCGAUCCUAAGGAGCUCGAUCUUCUCUUGGGAGAAAUUACUAUAAUGCACUCGAGGGCAGAGCUUUACAUACGUUUCUUGAAGAGAAGGGUUAAGAACGACAUAGAGAUCAGUACUACAGACGAGGCGCAGCGUGCGGAGCUGCUCAACGAAUUUGAAAUGACGAUAAACAACUCCGAAUUGGCGCACGGCAUGCAAGAGCUGCUUGGUGCCUAUCUCGCGUUGGAGAGAUAUUUUCUCGAGGAGAGCGUGAACAAGGCUCUGGGAAUGGACGCACUGGAUCCAGAUCAGCAAACCUCCAGCAUGGUCGACGAUGUAUUUUUCAUCGUGCAGAAAUGCGUACGACGGGCUAUGUCGAGUUGGAGCAUAGACGGCGUUUGCGCUGUCGUCAAUAUGGCUUGCGGCAUCUUGGAGGGCGAGUUUGCGAACAGAUUGAGAAACAGGUUGCGGCAGGGCUAUCCGGCGGGCUACCUGGACCUGGCGCAAGCGUACAGUGCCCUCCAGACGAGCAUACAGCACGGUCGUUUGCAAACGUCGGACACAGAAUGCGCCCGUCUUAUGUUCUUGGCAUACCUAAAUAACACCGACGUGAGCACGGAGUAUGUGGAAACAUUGUGCAAAAGUCUCGGUGCGGAGAUAGACGCGACGUUUCCCAACAUGCAGAAUAAGGAUAGAGGCAAAAUUGACAGCUGCUUGUCCAGUCUAAAGGGAGUCAUAUUGAUAUUGCGAGGCAUCAUCGAUUGCGGCCUGGAACAGUUACGCGUCAGCGCCGUGAAGCCCAGAGUCACCCCGUGGCUCGAUGCAUUUCUAUCCAUAGAUCAUCAUAUCAACGAGGACGAAUUAUUGAGAUACGAAACGGAUGAGCCAUUCGUGCAGACGUUAAUCAUGAACCUAGAGGGCCUACUUCGAGGAUUCAAGGAUAGCCUGACGACUUCCAAUUACGACGCACUUAUCGGACUUCUGACCGCGGAAGUUACGGCCCGUUUGGAAAAGGUGGUUUUGAAAUCGACCUUUAAUCGGGCAGGAGGUCUGAUACUGGACAAGGAAAUAAGAUCGCUAGCCAGUUACCUGGCAGCCGCCACGUCUUGGUCGGUGAGGGACAAAUUCGCGCGUUUAACGCAGAUCGCGACUAUUCUGAGUAUAGAGAAGGUGGAUGAAUUGGCCGACUACUGCGGCGCGGACGCGAUAGCGUGGCGACUAACGCCGUCGGAAGUGCGCCGUAUCGCCUCCCUGAGAAUAGACUUCCGACCGGAGGACAUCAAGAGGCUGAAGCUGUGAACUUGUUGAACCCUUCGUGUCACGCUGUGAUAACGUGCUUGCACAACUAGAUCAAGUAUUCGCGUAUAACAUAUAUGUAUGUGUACAUAGAACGAUAUGUAUAAUAUAAUCCAGAGAACAUUAAGACGUCUUAAAAAUUCUUGGAACGUUAAAAAUUCUUCGGAACGUCUUAUAUAAUUAACAAGAAGACGUCUUGUGUCCCGAUUUUAAAUGCUUUUGCCUUAUAUAAUAUCCUUCAUGUAUGUAAUAUCCUAAAUGUAUUUUCGAAUCGUUUCUUUAUACGUUUCUUUUUAUGUCUGACUUUUCGCUCUCCGAAUUGCUUUCUGACGAUUCUUUUUCUAAUUCAGCCAGGAAUGAGACUUUGAACAUGUUUUUAUUUACUUUUUCAGGUAUCUUGAGAGCAUCGUCUGAUUAUUGAAAUCAACUGAAAUUAUCAUUCAUUAUCGUUAUAGUCUGAUAAAUCUCUUGAUAAACUUCCACACAAUUUAUAUAUAUAAAGCAGUAUCUUCCUCUUCCUGUUCGUCCUGAGUUUAAAUCUACCAUUUUCUUCUUUUUUUCCUUAUUUUUUUGUUGUUACAUCAACAAAAGAAUUUUAUCGCAUUUGAGUCACGUCUCAUCUUCAAUCUUUCCUUCCUCUUUCCUUUCUAUGUAUAUUAACGUGCUGCUUUAUUUUGGCCUAAUUCUCGUUUCUAAAAUAAUUCCAUUGAUUAAUAUAAUUAUUAAUAAAUUUAUUUUAUAUACAUA